AUGCAGAACCUCAAGAGAAUUGAACUCAACUCAAGCUGUGUUCAAGGAAUAGCAAUAGGACCAGCUCCGGGUACAAGGAUAGAUACUGGACUCGGAAGAGAUCCAGGUCAAGCUCCAGGUACAAAACUAGCAUCCUCUCUACAGGUUCUCAAACUAGUUUCAUCCUGUGAGAGGUUACAAGACCCUGGUCUCUGCAAUAUUCUCAGGGUUUGUGGAAGGAAUCUCAGGUUCUUAGAUCUAGGAGAAUCAAGUAUCUCCGGAUUAGAGAUACUAAAUCUGGAGAAGGGAAUCCUUCUACCUUUGAUAGAAACCCUAAACCUGGAGUACUGUACUAAUAUCUCAGAUAAAGGACUGUGUGCGAUACUCAGUGUGUGUGGUCCAAACCUGAGCAAUCUUCUUAUCAGUGAAACUGAUAUAACCGGAGAAGAGUUCGAUGAGAUGGACCGAACCCUGGAGAGUUUACAGCUCCUGGUUCUGGAUUGUUGUUUCGCUCUGACAGACGUGGGACUAAUGUGCAUUCUCCGUAAGUGUGGAAGGAACCUGAAAACCUUGUAUCUGAGGGGAACCCUAUUCCCUGGAUUCAAUUUUGACUCCGGUCCAGCUCCAACUAUAGGAGUAGACUCACUCAACCUAAACUACAAUCAGCGGCUACAGGAUAAGGGUUUGAACUGUUUGUUUAAAACCUGUGCUCCAACCCUGCGAAUCCUAAGCCUGGGAUUGACUAGGAUCUCUGGUGAACUGGAAAAAUCUUUUUUCCUCCCUCGUCUUGAGGUUCUAAACCUACCCCUGUGUAAGGGGCUCACGGAGAGAGGUUUGUCCCAUAUCAUCUCCAUGUGUGGAAAUGGUCUGAGGACUAUUGAUCUCCGGAAUACAACGAUAACAGGUGCGAACCUCAUAUAUUUAGCGGGGAGCUUCUCAGGGGUUGCAACCUUACAGCUCUUGAACUGUAAACAUCUCACAGAUUCAGGAUUGGUUCAAUUUCUCCGACUGUGCGGAGCAAACCUGCGAAGAUUGGAUCUGGGUGGAACAAAUAUUUCUGGUGAGGAGGUUUCUCAUUUCUCUGGAUUCCUGGACAAUCUAGAGUCAUUAAACCUAUUCAAUUGUAAACUAUUGUCGGAUCAAGGUUUAGGUCAGCUUCUGCGUAUCUCCGGGAGAAGGUUGGAACUGCUCAAUGUCGGAGGCACCAAUAUUACCGGAGAAAAUGUCUCCAGAUUGACCCGUUCUCUACCAGAGCUGAGCAAACUUUACCUGGACAGAUGCAGGAAUAUCACGGAACAAGGAUUGUGCGACCUGAUCCAGGUUUGCGGAGACAAGAUUAGGUUGAUUGAUCUAGAGAAGACGGAUAUCUCCGGAGAAGGACUGAUUGAGAUCACCAAAAAGUUUUUCGAGAUGGAUAUUUUAAACCUGAACUCAUGUCGGAAUCUAACAGAUUGUGGACUCAAAGAGAUCCUGAGAAUAUUCGGGUUCAACCUUUCUGUUUUGAGUCUAGGGGAGACGGGGAUACUUGGAGACGGUUUAGAUUCAUCCAAUAUUCUGGAUAGAGUUGAACAUCUUAUACUCUUCGGGUGUAAAGAGCUUACAGAUACAGGACUAUGCAUAAUCCUCAAGAUAUGUGGAUCCAGUCUGAAAGAACUAGAUCUCAGUAGAACUCUUGUAUCAGGUUCAGGACCAGAUAAAAUCUGUACCCUGAGUAAUCUACAGGUUUUAAAUCUACUCCACUGCCAGGAUUUAACAGAUCAAGGAUUUCAAGAGUUUAUAUCAAGCGCCAAGAGAACUCUGAAAACCCUGAUCAUAGGCAGGACAAAUAUUUCAGGACGGAUAUUGCUCCAGGUGGUGACUGAACUACAAAUCCUGGAACGACUGGAUCCCUUCAACUGUCCGAACAUAACAGGGAAGGAUUUACGGAGGUUAAAGUCUGAACGAAGCAAUCUCAAGAUAUUUAGGUUUAAACAAUCCAACUCGUUGAACCAGAAUCAAACCUGA